CAGGGGGCCUUGGAAACUUCUCACUUUUGUGAUUAGUUUUAUUCGAUGUGUUCACCUUUUCCUAGCAAACCACCCUCUAACUUUUUCCAAAUAUCUGAUUAACUUUACACUGCAGCUUUAUAUCAUAUGUACUUCGACAGGUUUUCAUACUAACCUCCCGCAGAACAUGGCUUCAGAAUGCCCCGUAGGUGACAGACCGCAUCGAGUCACAGCAACUCCACAACCCGCACAAAUUCUCCAGCCCGUGCCCAAAAGAGGCACAAAGGAAAUUUGUAUGCAUAGGCUAGCGUGUAAAACACGAGCGACAAAGGCGCAGUUGAUGAUUCCGAUUGAAAGGCCGGGAGCAUUAGACUCUCAUGAUGAAGAGUUUGCGAGUCGGCAAAGGAAUAUCUCUGCUGCCUUGCGAAAGAUUGGCAUUGCGGUCGGACAUGGCGUCUAUCAGUUGAAAGAUGACCUGUGGAAAAAGAUCAAAGACACGUAUCCUUUCGAUGAUAACCAAGACUUAGGAAGACUCCGGGCCGAAAUUCAGCGAAGAACUACGCGAGCUACUACAGAUCCAGUACCGACGGUCCAGGCGGGUCAAUUACAAGCUCCUCCAAACCUAGCAUCCAAUCCACAAUCAAAACAAUCUCAGCUGGCUCCAAUACAUGCCACUCCUCAACCAAAACAGUCUGAUAUCACUCGAAACCCAACGCUUCUCUCUCAGCCAGCUCAACUCGCUGUCGAAAGUCCUUCGAAACACCCUCUAAAACCUAGAGAGAAUGGAGAUAGUGUCAAAAGACGGAAACUUGUUGGCCAGGAUACCAAAGGAGGAGAACUCUUCUUUCACACAGAAGAGAGUUGUGCGGCUCUCAGGACAAACAGCCAGAAUAUGGAAAAACUCCUGGAGGAAAAUACCCAAGAUAUCCAAGGACUUAAUGAGAUGUUCAAUAUACAAGAAGAAUCCAUUCAAAUGAAGGAUAACUCCAUCAGAGAUCUGCAAAAACUACUCGAGAACGAAAAGAAGCUCAGGGAGGCAGUCGAGGAACGAGCUUCCGAAGCUGCAAAAGAAAAAUUACAGGUCACAGCCGGACGAGAUAAAUUACGCAUAGUUCUAGCUGGAAUACAAACGUUGCUCAGUAAACUAGGACCAGUAGCACAAUUGAACGUCGAGCCGUUAGAUGGAGGGUUUUGAGCGCUGGGAUAUCUUGACAGGGAGGCCUGCUUGUGUAUUCAUGGGACGAUAGAGAAAGGGAACAGUUUCGCAUAUAGCAUCCAGCGGUCAGUAAGCACAAGGGGCGCAGUCAUAUUCGACACUAUAAUUAGACAUAUGAUAUUAAGGAAGAACAAGUUACUAAUUGAUUUUAUCACAUCUGGCUUUGCCUCCAGUUGGCAGGUUAUAAUCACUCCUGCUAUCAACUAGCUAGGUAUACCUGGAUUUAUUUCAAAAGCAAUAUAGAC